CAUGAUCUUAGCUUCAAACCGCUGCGAAUGUGGACGCGGUAUUUUGGGAUUCCGUUGAAGUCCUAUAUUAUUUCCUUGUAAGGUUUAACUGGGGACCCUGUGCAUUGGGACCAGUGAAGAGUGAUGGCUGCUCCUGCUGCCAUACAACAGCCCAGUUAUCUGCUGGCAAAUAUAAAAGCAGACUGGAACACUAAGCCACUACUUCAGCAGUGUCAGGAGCUGGUGAAGGUGAUAGAUGACUAUCCUGCUAAGGACCUUCACCUGGUCUUUCCCUGGCUGGUCGAGGGAAUCUUCGGCAGUCUGGAUGGGGUCAUUGUAGGCUGGAACCUGCGAUUUCUGCAUGCUCGCAUGAAUGAGUAUAACAUCGUUCUGGACUUUCUUGAUCCAUGUGGCCCCAUGAUGAAGUUGGUGUACAAGCUACAAGAAGAGGACUACAAAUAUGAGAUCCCCAUCAGUUAUUUACCAGGUCCUGUGAAGGCAUCCAUUCAUGACGGAGUUCUGCCAGACUGCCCCCUUUUUCACAAUAAGCUGCAGUUCCCCAUGUCUGGCCUGAUCACUCUCAAUCCUUUUGAAUACUACAUGUUCAACUUUGCUUCCAGUCUCAUUGCACCAAAGAACUAUCCUCCUGGACAACAUGGCAGCUGUUCAGACAGUGCUUUCUUUGUGCUUGUUGAUGCCUAUUUGAAGCACUUCCUGCCCACAGAGGGAAAUGUGCCUCCAUCUCCUUUCUCUGAUCCCAGGGGCUCUGUGGCCUCUCCGGCUCCACGAUCUCCCAGCGUGCCUUAUGUUGGCUAUGGCGUUCACAGCAGCAGCCUGCUAAAGCGACACAUAUCCCAUCAGCCCUCAGUCAACGCUGACCCUGCUGCUCAGGAGAUCUGGAGGUCUGAAACACUCCUACAGGUGUUUGUUGAGAUGUGGCUCCAUCACUACUCUCUGGAGAUGUACCAGAAGCUGCAGUCUCCUCAAGUGAAGCUGGCGUUGCUGCAGUACCGCCUCAAUAUGUCCAGCAUGCUGUGCCAGCCCCCGGCCCCACCAGGCUCUGGGACCCUCCACACAUAUCAAGAACCCUUCAGCCCUACAGAAGAACAUGUUCUGGUGGUGCGUCUGCUUGUCAAACACCUACACUCUUUCUCCAACAGUCUAAAGCAGGAGCAAGCCACAUCGUCCCCGUCCACCCACUCGCACGCCAGCCCUCUAGAGGAGUUCAAGAGGGUCGUGGUACAGAGGUUUGUUCAGCAGAAGCUUUAUGUUUUCCUGCAGCACUGUUUUGGUCACUGGCCUCUGGAUGCCUCAUUCAGAGCGGUGUUAGAAACAUGGUUGAGUUAUAUCCAGCCCUGGAGGUACACAGGAGAGACAAACAAUCUAAAGCCAGAGGCUCAGAACAGAUCAGUACCUGAUAAAUGGGCUUCCUUUGUGCAGGAGAAUCUUCUGAUGUACACAAAGCUCUUUCAGGGUUUCCUUAACCGGGCUUUACGUACAGACCUCGUCAAUGCCAAAAAUGCACUAAUGAUAUUCAGGGUUGCCAAAGUCUUUGCACAGCCAAACCUAGCAGAGAUGAUACAAAAAGGAGAACAGCUGUUCCUCGAACCUGAGCACGUCCUCCACCACCGGCAGGCACGUGUCUUUCUCUCUCCUGCACAUGGUGGCAGCUUCCUGUCCUCCCGACAGCCUGCAGGGACAGACGCAGUUUUUAAAGUCAAGAGUCAUGUGUACGGUCUGGAAGGGCAGGACUGCCAGUACAAGCAGAUGUUCGGCAGUGAGCUGCGUGGAGUGGUGUUGAAGUUGGUGCAGAUCAUCGCUCAGGCCAAACAGACGGCAAAGCGGAUCUCGGAUCAAUCUGCUGAAGUGGCAGCAAACAGCUCAUUCCUGUCCUGGUUCAGCUUGGGCUUCCCAGAUUCUAACUACACUUUUAAUGGAGCAGAGGCUGAUGAGAUGGGAGAGUGUGUUAAAAAGACUCAUGAAUUUCUGGACAAGGCCCUGGAAUACCUGUGUCAGAUAUUUCGGCUGAAUUCAGGACAGCUGACUCAGCUGCUGGUGAAUGUGACCUCUACAGAUGAUGACAGUGAGUCCAAACAGCUGCCUGAUUGCAUCCAGAGUGAAAACGGUCCUGUUCUCUCAGAUCUGGGUCGGAUGCAGAUCAUCAAUGGCCUUCGCCAAUUUGAGAUUGAAUAUCAGGGAGAUCCAGAACUUCAGCCAAUAAGGAGCUAUGAAAACGCUUUCCUGGUGCGAAUGCUGUACCAGCUCUCCUCUUUCAUCAAUGAGCGGUUGGGAGACCACAUGGAGGCGCUUUGUUCACGGCAGGACUUCCUGGGCAGAGUGAGUCGACAUUACCUGAGUACAUCACCAGGGUCUGAUCCGCGAUGGAGGAGUCCGGCUUUGCGUCAGAUGAGAGUGCGGCGGCCGCGUCUCAGUCUGCGAGCACUAGCCAGCUAUCGUACACUGCUCACUGUGCUGCUGCUCUACCUGAUGUUUGCUUUGUUCUCAUUCGGCCUGCUGUCCAGCACCGCCAUCAUCCUCGGCGUCAGCCUUCUGUAUGAACUGCUGCUGCUCCUGCUCACUCAUAAACUCAAAACUCACUGACUUGCCAAUGGAGGCUUUCUAUUUAUGAAAAUACUUCCUUAGUUCUGAUUUAAACAUGUGACUGGUGUGAGAUUGAACACGGAUAGUGUGACGCCUUGCACAAGCACUUCAAUUUUACUAUAGUUCAGCCACAAUGUCCACGUUGUCCUCUUUAUCUCAAAUGUCUCUAGUCAGCUAGCACCAGGUUUGUGAUGUGUCAGAUUUGCUUCUCUGGAGCGAUAAUAAUGCUAAUGUAGCUAACAAGUAAUUGUGGGAUGAUUUUUGAUGUGCCAUGAUAAGAAAUGAUAAAGAAAGAUGCUCUUACUUCUGUUACAUUAUCUUAAUAGCAUUUGAUGUGAAGGGACAUUGUGGACAUUUUAUGGUCCAUAUACUACCAGAUGCUUAUCACUAUGACAGCAAUCUUUUCCAAUUACAUUAAAACAUUAGGGUGACUGAGCUUGAACAGUGACACAGACAGACAUAAACAGUCUUUUUGCGAAAUACUAAACACAAACACAUUUAGAGGCAAAAUGAAAGUGUUGAUUUUAAUAAAAAUCUUUAUCUUUUUGUUA